AUUUUGUAUUGGCGGUUAUGUUGGAGAUUCUUCCUUGUUAAAUGAAAACCCAAGAAACUGCCUGCUUAAAGAUCAGAGAAAUGGAGUUGGCAGAAUAAAUGAACCAAGAAAAAUAAACACACCAGAUGAUAUGGAAAGAGAACUGAAUCACUUGCGGAUUCACCAACCAGAGGUCAGUUUGUCUGACAGUCGUGCCUUUAGAAGAUUGAAUGAUGAGUUUCAAAAACUAAGGACAUCAAUUGACGAAAACUUACCCACAUAUAGAUCUUGGCAAGAAGAGCCUGAAGUGAGCCCCAGAUUCCAGAGGGAGAGGGAACACCGGGAACGUGUGCGGGAAAUAGCAGAAGUGCAUGGCCGAUAUCUAGCAGAUGUUCAAGCUCGUAACAGGGAAUUGGAGGAGCAAAGAGAUGAAAUCCGUCAACGGUUAGAAGAGCUCUCAUCUAAAGAGCAUUACGCAAUCCACAUUGAGCAGAUGUUGCUGGAACUCAAGGCAAAGGAAGAGAAGAAUCAGCAUGCUCUGGAUGCACUCCGAGAGCAGAUUGAACUCCUUCAGACAGAUGCAGUUGUCAAGCAGAAUUCAGUCAAGGUUGCAGAGAAUUCUUCGGUGGAGAAAAAGGAACAAAAAGUGCCUCUUCCUUUUGUAUCGUUUCCCAGUUCUGAGAGCCUAUCUGCUGAAAUAGGUGCACUGAAACUAGUCUACCUUCAGAAUGGUGGGAAUGAUCCUGCUAUCCUUGCCCAGAUGAAUGGCCUUCAGGCAGAGGCUCAACUUCUGGAGAAGUCUAUUCGCCAACCAAAAGAGAGGAAGAAAAAACAUGAGUCACCUCAUAAAUCACUGGAUGCUGAGCUCCUGGCUGUGGAACUUGAGAACCAGCUCCUGGAAGAUGAAAUUCUGAAACUAAAGUUUCAAAGGGAAAGGAGGAAGCCUGUUGAUGAAUUGGAAAAAGAAAUACAGGAGAUGCAGCGUGAGCACAUAAACAAAAUGAGUGACCUUCAAGGAGAAAUUGAGCUGCUAAAAAGUGAAACACACAGAAUGCGAAGAGGAUUAAGGUCACCUCAUCAUCUGCCUCAGCCUCCACAUCCACCUCCUCCUCCUCCUCCUCCCCCUCCCCCACAACUAGGUCUGAACCAACAUACUUGGGUGCCACACAUGGGUAACACAAGACCUCAGACACCACUGAUUGCCAAACACUUACUGGACCCUCCAGAUGCACUGGGGCCUGCACCCUAUGAUCCAGUGGCAGGGUUUGUUGUUUUCUAUGAUUUUCUUCUUGGCCUUGACCCGACAUACCGGCUUGUCCGCCUUGUUACUGGUUUGUACAAUAAAGGACAGGAGAUGGGGAAGCCAUCAGCCUUGCCUCCUGUGUGCUGUGAAACGGGAAGUGGGCCUCACUACAUGUCUGAAGGACUCAAGGGCAGCUUUGGAAUUUUAUCUGCAAGGCAGCCAGUGCCAAGAGUCCGUCCUGCCCUUGGAAUCUCUCUGAUAAUUGAGCUCCAAGCAGCUGGUGGCUUUGAUCCAUACGGGCUGGAAAUUCAGCGGCUAGUUUCCAGGGGCUGGGCAAAGAUAGAUGUAUUUGAUAAUCACAACCAAGUUAUCAGUGGUCGAUGGAAAGUUCCAAUACGAUCUCUACCAGUAACCCCAUCCCUCACAACUGGCCAGCUCAAUGGAAUUCCUCAGGUUGGCAGCUCUGAACUCUACCUGAGACUGUUAAAUGCGCGAGACGCUGAAGUGCAGUCAAUGGCCGGUAUUGAUCCCCACAAUGCGUCCAUGUAUCAAUAUCCACCUUUGAUGGCAGGCCGUUCUGUUCCUCCUGCUGAAAAUCUGCCUCCUCCUCAAUACCUCUCUUAUCGCCCUGCUCCAGCUCAUUAUCAUCCUCUCACUUCUCAUACUAGUCAUGUUGACCUCCCUCCUAACGAUGGACACAGCGACCUCCACAAAUCCAAUCAAAGGUGAGAGAGAAAGCGUAAAGUUGAUCCUUUCUUUGACUCCUCUUGACGGGCUAUCACAAUCUGAACUCAUGACAUUGUUAAGCCCUAAGAGAUUCACAUCAAUGAAGAGAAAAAAUGACUUGCAGAAAGAGAUCAUUUUCAUGAUUUAUUACAAAUAAAGUUUUCUCAUGUGAAACUCUCUCAUCCAAAGCAGAUUCAUAUGUUGUAUUUACAGUGGGAGAAUGUAAUGCCGUGCCAUUUUGUCGAAUCUCAUUGCAUAUUAUUUAACAAGAUAUUAUAAGGAUGGCUUCUCAAAAAAAUAUUUGUCUUGUUUUUAAAAUUCAAUUCAGUUAAAUAAUUGUGAAAGAUCACAUCACAUUUGUUACUGAUUUAUUGCUCUGAUCCUAGUUUUAAUAAAAAUUGUUAUCUUAAAUGACCUUGCAUUAAAAUUGUGUUGUAAUUGAAUCCACUGUUUUUUUUUGGAAGUGUGAAAUAAAAACUCAGUGG